AUUGUUCACAACAACUAUCUUCGUUAAAUACAAAGCUUCAAGCAAACAUUUGUAGCCAGAUAUAUUGUUUCAUUGUUAAGGUAUCUCAUAACGUACAGUUGAUCUGGGCUGGCCUAUACUUUAUUAUUAGGAAGAGAGCAAUACAAAGAACUGGAGUUCCGAAAAGUUAACGGCAUGGCCGCUAAACGACUGAACAAGGAAGCUGCGGAAAUGAAAAACGCAGAAAGUACAGCAAACUGUUCCGCAGGGCCUAUCGGUGAUAACUUGUACCGCUGGGAAGCUAAGAUAAUUGGUCCAAAUGGUACGCCAUACGAAAACGGCAUCUUUAAUCUUACUGUUGAAUUUCCAACGGAUUAUCCCUUUAAACCCCCGAAAGUGAAAUUCACUACCAAGAUAUAUCAUCCCAACAUUACCUCAAACGGCGAUAUAUGCCUAGAUAUUUUGAAGGGCCAGUGGUCGCCGGCACUUACCCUACUGAAGGUUCUGCUAUCAAUUUCGUCACUGCUUGCCGAGCCAAAUCCAGACGACCCGCUCGUCCCAGCAAUCGCAAAUUUAUAUAAAAACAAUCGACCAGAAUUUAAAUCGGUAGCUGCCGCAUGGACGGCAAAGUAUGCACAAACAUAACGUUUGUGGCUAUACUAUGCUUACCUUUAUAUACAUAUUAGUCAAUUAUAUAUUUUGUUACUAUUGAAUGAAUAAGUUUUAACUCAUUUUGAGAGAGAAAAUCACUCGUACUGCUCUAACUGUAAGUUAUGAUUUUAAAAUGUUUUUAAAACAUGAUUGUUUAAAUAUAAUUAUUAAAAAUACGGAAAAGCAUACGCAUUAAUAAGUGCAAUGCAACAUGUAUUUAACAAAUACGAUUCUUUAAUUUUGUGUGAAAACAAAUAAAAAAAAUCUAACUGA